UGGAGAGAGAGGGAGGUGGUGGACACACACAGAGGGAGAGAGAGUGGGUGCGUUCCCGCAGCAACAGGGAAGAUGGCAGCUCUCACAUCACUCACCCAGUUGUCAAGUGGGAACCCCGUGUUUGAGAACUUUUACAGACAGGUGGAUCCAGGGAACACGGGGAGAGUGGGACCAACAGAAGCUGCCCUGUUCUUAAAAAAGUCUGGACUCCCUGAUGUUACACUGGGAAAGAUUUGGGAUUUGGCUGAUCCUGAUGGAAAAGGCUACUUGGACAAACAGGGAUUCUACGUGGCUCUGCGGCUCGUGGCCUGCGCUCAGAGCGGUCAGGAAGUCAGUCUGUCCAGCCUCAACCUCACAGUCCCUCCCCCCAAGUUUAAGGACACCAGCAGUCCAUCUCUGAGCAGCACAGUCCCUGCUGACUUACACUGGGCUGUAAGGCCAGAAGAGAAAAGUAAGUUUGAUGGAAUCUUUGAAAGUUUGGCUCCUGUUAACGGCCUGUUGUCCGGGGACAAGGUCAAGCCAGUCCUCAUCAACUCCAAGCUACCUCUGGACAUCCUCGGCAAGGUUUGGGACCUGAGUGACAUUGAUAAAGACGGACAUCUGGACAGAGAUGAGUUUGCAGUGGCCAUGCACCUGGUGUACCGGGCGCUGGAGAAAGAACCCGUCCCUGCUCUCCUCCCCUCGUCCCUCAUCCCUCCAUCCAAGAGGAAGAAGAGUCUGGGCUCGGUGGUGAUGAGCUCGGUGCCUGGACUUCCUGCCAGUCCUCCACCUCCUAAAGACUCACUGCGCUCCACGCCUUCCCACGGCAGUAUGAACUCGCUCAACAGCACAGGCAGCCUGUCGCCCAAACACACACUCAAGUCUGGACAGCAUUCACUGAACUGGGUGGUUCCCGUGUCAGACCGUGGUCGCUAUGACGACAUCUUCCUGAAGACAGAUGCUGACCUGGAUGGUUUUGUCAGUGGACAUGAAGUGAAGGACAUCUUCAUGCAGUCUGGACUUUCUCAGAACCUCCUUGCCCACAUAUGGGCUUUGGCAGACACGCGGCAAAUAGGCAAACUUUCCAGGGAGCAGUUUGCCCUCGCGAUGCAUCUCAUCCAGCAGAAAGUCAGCAAGGGAAUCGACCCUCCACAGGCCCUCAGCGCUGACAUGAUCCCCCCUUCUGAGAGAGGCACGCCCGUACCAAGUAUGUCUGGAUAUAUGACUCCUGUGGGAUCAGAGAUGGCUGCUCUGUCUGAUAUGAGAAGGGACAGCUCCAGUUCAGUGGGUUCAGGCGAGUUCACUGGCAUCAAAGAGUUGGAAGACCUCAGCCAGGAAAUAACACAACUACAAAGGGAAAAAUACACUCUUGAGCAGGACAUCAGGGAGACAGAGGAGGCCAUCAGGUAUAAGAGCGCAGAGGUUCAGGAGAUGCAGAAUGACCUGGACAGAGAGACGGCCAGCCUGCAGGAGCUGGAGGCUCAGAAACAGGACGCUCAGGAGCGUCUGGAGGAGAUGGACCAGCAGAAACAUAAACUAGAAGACAUGCUCAACGAGGUCCGGAUCAAGUGCCAGGAAGAGUCUCAAAUGAUCUCAACGCUCCAAACGCAGAUCCACUCCCAGGAGUCAGACCUGCUGAGCCAGGAGGAAGAGCUGAGCCGGGCCAAGGCCGACCUGGGUCGACUCCAGCAGGAGGAGAAACAGCUGGAACAGAGUCUGGCUGCUGGGAAGAUCCAGCUGGAGACCAUCAUCAAGUCUCUGAAGGCCACACAGGACGAGAUCAACCAGGCUCGCAGCAAACUGUCACAGAUUCAGGACAGCCAACAGGAAGUGUCCAAAAGCAUCGAGCAGUACAACAGCACGCUGAACGGAACCCACGGAGGCAGCAUGACCAACCUGGCAGACAUGAGCGAGGGCUUCAGUGACCGAGAGAAUGGAGGAUUCCCAGCCAUGAUGAGAGCAGCACAGGAGGAUCCGUUCAAAGUGAAGCCAUCAGUGUUCAACAAUCAGCCUCAGGAGCUUCCUCCUGACCCCUUCCACUCUGAAGACCCCUUCAUAUCCGACCCAUUCAAAGGUGACCCUUUCCAAAACGAUCCUUUUGCAAAGCAGCCACCAGCACCUACAGAUCCUUUUGGCGGAGACCCCUUCAAAGAGACGGACCCGUUCAAAGCUUCGUCCGAAGACUUCUUCAAGAAGACCACAAAGAUGGACCCCUUCUCCACGGCAGACCCCUUCAACAAAAGUGCCACGUUACCCAACAACAAGCAACAAGCCACAAGUCACUUCACGAGUGGUGAUCCGUUCUCUUCAAGUCACCCAAAACCCAGAGGAGCAGAUUUAUUCGGCACGCUGGACCCGUUUGGCAGCAGUUCGUUCAGCAGCAGCAGCAACAGCUUGGGUGGAUUCGCAGAUUUCAGCCACAUGUCCAAGACCAGAGACCCGUUUGAAGGCAGAGCCAGCUGGAUGCCAGAUUACCAGAAGGUUCCUGAUUAUCAGAAGGUUCCAGACUACCAGAAGGUUCCAGAUUACCAGAAGGUUCCAGACUACCAGAAGGUUCCAGAUUACCAGAAGUCAGUAUUUGUGGAUGACCCAUUCAGCAGGAAGAGCGAUACGCCGGCUCUGCCGCCCAAGAAGAGUGUUCCCCCGAGACCCAAACCACCCAGUGGUAAGAGCACACCAGUGAGCAUGUCCACCACAGCCGACCUUUCCAAACCGUCUGAUCCCUUCCAGCCGUUUGGCGGUGAGGCCGUCGAUCCGUUCCAGAGUAAAAAGGGCAUGGGAGACCCAUUCAGCGGCAAAGACCCCUUUGCCCCACCGUCGUCGUCAUCGACAGCAUCAAGUAAAGACCCCACAGACUCUACUGCGGGUUUUGCAGACUUCAGUUCUGACCUGAAAAAGUCAAGUUCGGGAACGAGGCUCAGCAGCUGGAGUGGGCAAAGAGGGAGAGUGAACGAGCCGAACGCGAGCGGCUGAAGAGGCUGCGGCAGCAGGAGCAAGAAGACCUGGAGCUCGCCAUCGCUCUGAGCAAGGCCGAGAUGUCCAACGCAUGACCUGCCGCCAACAAACAAACAAACACAUGCACCUCCCUCUUAUAUACACACCCCUCCUCGUCCCCCACCCCAACACUUAAUGACUCAUCGUAUGAGGAGCAGAAGGAACUCCUGGCCCAAAAAAACAAAACAAGAGAACAAGAACAAGAAAACUGACAUGAAGAAAACUGAAGAAGAUGAAGAGGAGGCAACCAGACGCACUGUGUUCACACUCGGACCAAUCCUGACACAUCAUCAUCUCCACUGUUUGUUGUUUCUCCAUCUCCACCUUCACUCAGUGCGUUCUAGAAGCUAAACCUGCUGCUAAAAUCAGUCGCUAAAAGAGAAAGUACAAGGAGAAGCUGUUUGUUCGUGGAUCUACUGAUGUCGACUGAUGCAGAUCUAUGCUUCAGAAUCAUAUUACAAGAUCAUAUUAUAGGAAGACAGAGAGGCAUGUGGAGGAAGCUGGAUUUGGAUUUUCACUCCUCAGGAUGAUCUUUCGUUGUGUGUCCUCCAUGUUUGUCCCUCAGGAAACACUCGUCACAGAUCCACAUGUGAAGUGAGACCGCUGGAAUUAGCAGAGGUUCUUCUCACUUCCUCUGCCCCCCCCCCCCCCCCCGCCCUGCCAACGUUUCAGGUUAGAAAUGAAAGUGAUAUUAAUCUUCUCAUAUGGCUCUUGUUACCCAAUUUUUAAGUUUUUUUUUUUUUUUUUUUAAAUAUCAACCACACGGAGAAGUAUGCAGAGAAACAGUGUGUGUGGAGACCUCAGCUUCUGUCCAGUGUGUAUAUAUAUAUAUAUAUAUAUAUAUAUAUAUAUGUGUGUGUGUGUAUAUACAUAUGUAUAUAUAUAUGAAUGUAAUGUGUAUAUAUAUAUGUAUAUACACAUAUAUUCAUACAAAUAUAUGUACACAUGGAGCUAAAAGCUUGACCCCACUGCUGUGACGUCACCACACGUUGGACUGUGAGGGAUUUUUUUUUUUUUUUGCUACGUUUGACCUCAUUUCAUUUCUAGAGAGUGGAGAUUUUAAUAACUUUGGUUUUAUUUUCUUGAGAUGCUCCAUUUAACGCUUCGUUGAUAUAAAUGAUAUUUGACAUGUUUUUGUUUUAAAAGAACAUUUAAAGCUCCACAGUAGUCGUUUUUGUGACUGUGCAGACGGGCAGGGUUGUUUUAGGAGCUGCCGCAGUUUUGUCGUUAAGCUGGAAACUGAAAAAAAUCUGUGAAUCAAAAGUGCUGUAUGACGGGCUCCAACCACUCGCCUCCAUGUUUACGUGAGUUGUCUCCCUUUUACUUGAAGCGGCGGUAGCGACAUUUUUUCAAGUUUCUUCACUUUGAGUCAGCUGUUUGUUAUUUUGCUGUAUUUUUUGCUGUAUUUUUUGGAUUUAAUCAUUCAAAAAUAUUGUGGGUUUUUUUUGUUUGUGGGCAGGCUUUUAGAAGCUGCCUGCUGAUUGGCUACAGAGUUUUGGAGUGACAGCUCAGUGGACCAGAAAUCGUCACAGGCUUGGAGUCGCUGUCCGUCUGGAACUUGUUCCCCAAGUUUCCCCCAAUCGGCAUCUGACAAAAUAAUUGUAAAUAUCUAAAGUUUGUCAGAUUAUAAACAUUAUAAUAUUUACAAUUAUUUUGUUGGAUUUCGAUGGAGAACGAGUUCCAGGGAGCGUAUUUUCAAACAAUAAAAUGCAGUAUUUUUGAAUGAUUAAAUUAAUAUUUUUGUUGUUUGAAAAUAUUGACACAAAUCUAAUUCCAUAGAUAUCAGCUAUUCCGAUACUGAUACCGAUAUCACAGACUUAAGUAUCUACCGAUAUCAGUCGUUUUACACCCUGCGAAGCUAUUAGCGACAGCCAUUUCAAGCAAAUUUCAAAUAUUCUGCAGUCUUCGCUGAGUAAAUUAUGCGAUAUAUAUAUAGGAUUUUUGGUUCAUAUCGGAGUUCACAUUUUCAUCUUUCCGAUGUCCGAUCCCAUACAUUUUUAACCCAUAUCGGACCAAUGCAGAGACUGAAACGAGCAAAAAGGUGACUUAAAUAGUAAAAACUGAAAUGUGACGCAGGAUUUUGUUUUAAGUUUAAUAGAGCGUAUGUAAAGUGUAAAUGAGAACAGUUAUCUGGUGUCUGAGUGAGUCAGGAUUAAACUGAGCAUUAGACAGUUUGUUCUGUAUGUGAGGACAAUGCUGGGGGACAGAGGACGCAUGUUCUACACGCGUGGAAACUCAAACGCUGGUGCAGUUAAAGCUGAGCAGUUUUGUGAACUGCCUCUCCCUGCCAUGUCAUUAUUAACUGUUUGUUUACAUGUCAUGUUUACAUAUCACAUAUGACUUUUACUGUAGCCGUUACAAACUGUGUUCCUGUAGGAGAAGAAGAGGAGUGACCCUGUUACAGAGUGAGUUGACUUCUCUCUAAGCCGUGCACAGUAAACACGUCUGAGGUGCGGUGUUUAAAAAAUGUAGAUGUGGAAAGUAUAAAAUAAUUAUGCUUAAUUUUGAGAGAAGAAUUGCCAGAUUUUAUGAUAUGUUGUCUUUCAUAUAAACAGGGUUCCCACAGGUCCUUGAAAUCCUUAAAAAAUCUUGUUACGACGCCACCCACUGAUCCCAAGGACAAUCACUUGUCCAGUUGCAGAUCACUAAAAGUGGACGUCAUGGAUGAAGCAGCUCUUAUAAGUUGUCCUCCCAUCUUUAGCUGUGACAUUCUGUCCUUGAAUUGUGAGGGAAUUGGUCCUGGAAAGUCCUUGAGUUUGAUGUCAACAAAGGUGUGGGAACCCUGUGUAUGUAUGUUAUGUAUUUCAGGAGCAGGGUCAGCUCUACACAGGCCACCAUUUUGGACCACAGUGGACAAACUAAACGUUUACUGAAGGCUUUGUAAGUUCUCUAAAGGGAAGAAUGAGGUGAGAGACGUUCAGCUGCAACAUGAAACUCAAACAUGGUACCUUUAACGCUUCUUAUGGAAAUGCUACUAAACCAGCAACAAAUUAUUGUUGAAUUAAUAAUUUGGGCAAAGGUUCAAGCUUAAACACGUUAGGUUGAUUUAAGUUGUGAUAUAAAUCUGACGACUGUUGGCGUGCGCUGCUCAGACGGUCAUCAUUCACAUUGUAUUUGUCAUCGUGAUACCUCCCAUUGUGCAAUAGACCAUGUUUAUUUUUAUUGUUUUAUGUAAGAGUCUGUUUUCAAUAUAUAUAUAUAUAUAUAUAGCGUCUUAUAUGUCUUUUUUUUUUUUAAACAAAUUUGUUUAUUUAUGCACCUGCUCGGCUGCCGCCGCUCAAACCCACGUUAUUUUUUUAACAUUAAACUUUUCAAGUUUACACGCUUGUUUUAUCUCACUGUAACGCGUCAUCUCACUCUGCUGUCGUUCCUCACAUGAAGGUGAAAUAAUCUUUUUUGUUCUGUUUUUUCUCUGAAGAUGCAUACAAUGUGUAUACAGUCUGUAUUAUAGUAUUAUGUCUUAUUAUAUUUGUCCCAUAAAAAGUGAAGAGACGAAGGUUAACUGCAGUUACACUACUAUAGCUGAGAGAAGAGACGCUGAUCCUCUCUCUACACGCUCUGUACUGUUUACUAGAAUAAACAUUUCAGUUCAAUCAGGUGA